UCAUUUCAUCAUCCGCCGAAGUUGAAGUUACAGCGCUGCUGUUAAGGAAGCUCGAAUUCACCAUAAAUACACUUCAUCUGGCGUUAAAGCAUCGUGUAUUUGGCUGGGUGAAAGUUUGUUGGUAAACAAGGUGCUUUCCGCUGCUAUUUGUGUUUUAUUCAGACCGAGAGAGCCGAAGAGGCCAACAUGGAGUUUUAAUGCAAUGCGGCGGUAACUGCACGGCAUCGGCAUGCAAAAGGCACAGAAAAACGCUUUGCGGGACUUUACCAUCACAACUGUCAAGCAGUUGGGCUCUGAUACCGUCCGUGGUAUAGCCGUGAGCCAACCGAUACCUCUCCUACUUGACAGGAGGAAGCUAACGCUAGCCAGUUAGCCUGUCGUUUCAUUCAUUUAGCGGUUACAACAUUAAAGCCAUCCGUGUACACUACUACCCUCUCUGUCCUCGUACCAUCCUGUAAAGAUGAAGCCUCACGAUAUCGUCGCUGUGAAAUCUAGCCUGUGGAUCUUCGGGUACGGCUCGUUGGUUUGGAAGCCAGACUUUAAGUACAAGAGGAGCAAGGUCGGUUAUAUUAAGGGGUACAAGAGACGCUUUUGGCAUGGGGAUAAUUUCCAUCGUGGAGAUGAUAAAACGCCCGGAAGAGUGGUGACGCUCAUCGAGGAGGAUGACGCGUGCACAUGGGGUGUUUCCUUUGAGGUGACUGGCUCUCAGAUCGAGGAGUGUCUGAAGUACCUGAACGUGAGGGAGGCUGUGAGAGGUGGUUAUGCCACCCAGGCUGUCGAGUUUUUCCCACAGGGCACAAACCAGUCACCUGUCCAGGCUUUGGUUUACAUCGCCACUUCUGACAACCCUAUUUACCUGGGGCCAGCCAGCACAGAGGAAAUCGCCACUCAGAUUGCUGUGUGCAAGGGAAAGUCGGGCUACAACAUCGAGUACUUGCUUCGCCUGGCCGAGUUCAUGAGAGUGAGCUGCCCUGAUGUGGAUGACCCUCACCUGUUCUCCAUCGAGGCAGCUGCCCUAGCCAUCAUUAGACCUAUAUUAGCAGCCCAGUAACCUGUAUCUUCUGUAAUGCUUUAACUAUGUCACUGAGGCUAUCAACACCUAGUCCAGACACCAUAAAAGUCCUAUCAAAAGUAAAUUUUGGUGUGAUUUAGUGGCUGUGUUCAGAUAUUCUAUUUACACUAAACCAUGCUAUUAAAUUUGACUGUUAAGUCACUGUAGUUAACAUGGUCUUUUAAGUGGUUUUAUUUCAAUCAUGUUGUUUGGCAUCUUGCAUACUGUCAACUUUCAUGGUUUUGUGGUCUUAACUCCAAGUAUGUGAUGCUGUAGUACAAAUGCAUGCUUGUGGUAAUGUAUUGCCAAAGUUUGUCCAAUUAAAGCGUGCUUUUUUUUUUUUGGACCCAACCUCAUUCGUGGGGUCCAUACACUUGUCCAUUUAAUUUGCACUCAAGAAAUAUGCUGUAAAGCCAUUACAAAUGUUUUUUUGCACAUUAAAACCUUCAAGGAUCUGUCCUAUGUUAAAUUUGUGUUUUGUGCCAAACUCUUGCUGUCUUUGUCUGAUUCAGUGUUGUGUUCUAAGAAACAAGGUUGAACAUGAGACCAAACCGCAUACGUGUGUCAGUUCUA